CAUCGUUUAUCUAAGAAGAAGAAGCUUUGUUUAUAUAGCGGUGGCGUCGAAGAUGUGAUUGUCCCUUCGGGGACAUCCGAUAAAAUUGGAACGAUACAGAGAAGAUUAGCAUGGCCCCUGCGCAAGGAUGACACGCACAAAUCGAGAAAUGCAGCAUCCAUUGUUUUACAACGAUGAUGUUCCGAAUUGUUUUCUUAGAAGAUAAAAUAUAUAAAAAUCGUCUGCAACUCGGAUUUAGUCAUGUUCUCAUUUGGAAAACCCAUUGCCGUCAGAAAAUGUUUCAGCUUCAAGCUCAGAAGAAUCACAUUUGAAAAGGUCUUUGAAUUGAUGGCGGAUGAAAAUUCUACAAAGCUGAUACUCAUAGGAUGGUGACAACAUUGCAAGCUGUCGUGUACCAUCCAAGAAGUUAAGCCAAUGUUCUACCUGACGAUGAUAUGGCUUAUCUUAUGGAUAUAGAGCUCAAACCAGAAUUCAGACCACUGAUGUCUAACCUAGUUCAUGGUUUUCUGGAUAUGAUCCGAAGAGAGCAUCAUGGUUCAGGUGAGCCUAGCCACGGAUUAAAACAAAGACAUAAACAAAAAGUAAGUCAUCUCCACUGAUUUGUGAAGAAGGCUUAAGAUGAUUCUGCAGCCAAUAAGAGUCCAUUUUUUUCCUUUAAAUUGUUUUUGUUAGUUUGUUAAACUUGAAUCAGCCUCUGCUUGUAAUUUUUGUUCAUUGAAGACCUCCUCUCCUGUAAAAAAAUUGUUUAUGCCUCGACCACAUUCUUCUGAAACAUGGUAUAGAUUCAAUAAACCUGACUAUACUGUGAACCCGAACGUAUUGAUUUUUAAAAAUACCAUUAUUAAUUACAAGAAAGGAGUCAAAUUUAGUCCUUUUCACUAUAAUCUUCUUAAAAGAUUUUCUUUUUUAUAAUUCUCAACCUGAGACUCUCGAAUCUUGUUAAAUAACGGCAUUUUAUUGUUCUGUUAAUCUGUUAAACCCUCGGGCCUUUAUAAGUUUCUUUCUCGUAUCAUCAUUGUUCGCUGAUUCUUUUUACUCUCUUUCUCACUAUAUCGCUCUCGAUCACUGGUCAUGGCGGGGUUUCCUCCUGAUAAACCCUUUAAACCCGUCGAAGAAGAAGAUCGAGCAGAGAAGUCUGUUCCCGCCAUAACCACUGAAGAAGAAGUAGUAGAAGAAGAGCGAACAGAGGAAGAUGAGCACAAAGAGGAAGCUUUCGGGAGCUCUCUUGAUUCUGAUCCAAACAACUCUGUUCCUAAUCGCAGCAUAGAAGACAACGAGUCCGACGAAGAAAACGAGAAUCCUCAACAAGAUUCGAUUACGAGUACGAGGAUCCGUGGCUCAACAUCGUCUACAACUGAUCAGAACUUGCGUCUUGUUCAUCGUUCUGGCGCUCAAAUGUCUGAAGUGAUGAUGCCUCCUGAAGAAAAUGAUGGAUCAACUGAUAGUCUUAUUCCUCAGCCUCUACCUCCGAAUCCAAGUGUCGAUCAGAAUCGUUGGAGUGACCGUGGCUCAACCUCGUUUAAGAAUGAACAGAACCAGAGUCUACAUCUCCCAAAUCGUUAUGGACCUCUUGAAGAAAAUCUUGGAUUUGGUGGUAGUGUUUCUGCUCAGCCUCCAUAUCAGAAUCAGAUUCGAGGGAGAGAUCAAACGAUGAAUCAGCCGCAGCGAUUCAAAGUACCAAACCGUGGAUCUGUUCAGAACGAUUCCAACCAGUCUUUUGGUGUGGUGCAGCAGCUGCAGCAACAGAGGCACAAUGCAGCUGGGUUUGAUCCGAACGGUGCACCUUGGGAACCUCAGAUUACAAGGCCAUUAAUGCCAAAUCAGAAUACUUUUCGAGGGCCUGCUCGCGUAGAUCGCAGCUAUGCAACAUGGAUAAGAGGUCAGAUCAUAAAUCAGCAGCAACGAAUGGUGAUGAGGGAAAUGCAGGAUCAGAACCAUUUCAACCAAACUUUUGGUAUGCAGCAGCAGGUGCAGAUUGGUCCCAGUGUAGUCCCAGUUCAAGCUCCAAUGAGGCCAAUGAUGCACAAUCAGGACCAGGUUGUUCCUUAUCUAGUCCCAGGUCAAGCUCCAAUGAGGCCAAUGAUGUAUAACCAGGGGCAGGGGCAGAUUGUUCCUUAUGUAUACAUGACCAUGAUGCAACAGGACCAUGUUGUUCCCUAUCUAGUCCCAUGUCAAGCUCCAAUGAGGCCAGUGAUGUACAGCCAGGAGCAGGACCAGAAUGUUCCCAAUGGAGUCCCAUUUCAAGCUCUGAUGAGGCCAAUGAUGUAUAACCAGGGACAGGGCCAGAUUGUUCCUUACGUAUACCCACGUCUAAAUCAGAUGAGGCCGAGGAUGCAACAGGGCCAUGUUGUUCCCUUUUUAGUCCGAGGACAAGCUCCAGUGAGGCCAAUGAUGUACAACCAGGAGCAGGACCAGAUUGUUCCCAAUGGAGUCCCAUUUCAAGCUCCAAUGAUGUACAAUCAGGAGCAGGUUGUUCCCUUUCUAUCCCCAGCUCAAGCUCCAUCGAGGCCUAUGAUGUUCAACCAGCAGCAGCAAAUCAACCAAGGACAACACUUUGGCUUCCCCAUUGAAAUCAAUUACCACCAAGCUUUUCCCAAUACAGCAGCAGCAUCAAGGCCUGCGCUGAAUCGUCCACAAAUGCAGCAACUUCAGCCUCAAACGCAACAGCCGAUGCAGUCCCAUGGGUUUAACGCUGGACCCUCUUCUGGCCAAAGUCAAGAUUAGCAGAGAAAAUGCAUUUGGUAAAAGUAAAACUAGUCUUGAAAUGAUUUUCAGCCCUUUGGUUUUACUGAUACUCUCUAACAAAACGUGAUUUUGAUAACUGUAAAUGAAAUGUUGAUGAGUGUUAACUCAGAAGCUAUUAUCUUCUGAAUUUCAACACUUCAGUGAAAGAUCCAUUCUAGUCUUCUUACUUCUUAAAGAUUCUCUUUUCUUACAAUUCCCACUUUUGUAUUAUUCACUUACACGUCACGUGCGCGUGAGCUAUGACCAAAUGUAACAUUCGUC